CCCACUGAUGUCACACAACGUGCAGCAACCAUUCUGCCGGAGGGGGAGCAUGGGGCGAGUCAACAUUGCCCAGCUGUGGAAAAUGGAGUUCCAACAGAAACACAUCAAGUUCAUGGCCCAGAUGUACCUGGAUACCAGCCAGAAAAGGAACACCAAAUCUCAGUUGCUUUUAAAGAGGAACCACCAUUUGUACCGGGGUCGCCUGAGCAGGGAAUCUAGCUCAACACCGUUCCUCCCAGAAAUUCAUUUCGGAAAGCAGAGCAGUGGUCGCAUAUCCCCAGAAGGCCGCUUGUCGAUGGCAGUGAACACGGACAGCCCUGGGCCAGCAGCUUACUCGGCCUGCAGUGCGAACUUCCGGCAAACCAGUGCUCCAUCCUACACCUUUGGGUUGAAGUCACCUUCUAAAGAGGGCGGAGGGCGGCGUUCUUGGCAGAAGUCUUGGUUUUUGAGCAAUAACCCGUUCAUUAAGAAAGUGGAUUUUAGCAACGAGACCAAUUGGCCCUCUCCUUUCCACUACGGCCAGCCCCUGGAUGUCAAGCCAGCCAACCUGCCAAACAGCCCCCAUUUCACCAUGGGACAGAAGGGAGAGUUCACUCUUGUCAGCAAAAAUAAUAUGAUGGAUCCAGCACCCAAUAAGUACAACACAGAAAGUGCAUACAAACAUGUGAUGUUUAGAUCACCCUCUAUCAUCAUCAGCCCUGCACGAAACACUAUGCACAAGUGGGCCAGGAAAGACACCACCCCUGGUCCCGGCACUUACAAUGUGGAGAGAGGGCACAUCGCUCGCCUACCUUGCUCCCCCAGCUUCUUCAUCCAAGGCGUGAGGCGACCCAAGAAGCACGAGACAGGGCCAUUUUCAACGCUGUGACACCCCCCCCACCAGGAGCGUGAUUAAAAGCCUGA